UGGUUAGAUUGGACAUUAUAGCAUAGGAUUCCGUUUUCCAUAUUGUUACCGUUCCAGAUAUUUCCUUGUCCGUAUGAACCUUCUCACUUCUUCGUUUCACAGUCGCACUCUUAACUUUUCCAUACAACAAACAACCAAACAUGACCGAUGAAACUACAACACAGAGUCCCCCUGUGGCAGCAGCGCCACCGCCUACGGUGACCGAGACUGGUUCACCUGCUGUUUUAGAAAAAGAAGACUCUUCUCCACCAUCUCAUGUAGGAGCUGUGUCUGUUUCUGUUACCGAAUCCGUUUCAACGACUACAGUUGAAAAAGAAGAGCAAACACCGCUGCCACACGAACCGACAGAUUUGGAUCCUGAUUCAAUGGAUAAAGGGUCGGGAAAAGAGGAACUACCUCCAACGCCACCACCGCAAGCGGUGGAGUCAGAAUCUGAGCCAUCUGCCGUAACAGAGACACAAAAGGAAGGAGCGCCACCAGCUCCAAAAGCAGAAACUGCUGUGAUAUCGGAAUCCGAGUCGCAGCAACCGGAGGUGGUCACGGGGUCGGAAUCACUGGAGGCCGUGACGGAGAAAGAUGAAGAGCCUACUGCAGCGAGUAGUAGUACUGCUCAAGAAGAGGUGGCUGCUGUUGUUGAAGAGAAAAAGGCUCCCCAAAAUCUGGUUUCUUUCAAAGAGGAAAGCAACAAGGAAGCUGAUCUAUCUGAUUUCGAAAGGAAAGCUUUGGAAGAACUGAAGCAGCUUGUAAAAGAAGCUAUAGACUCUAACCUUUUCAAUUCAGAAUCCAAAAGUGAAGAGAACCCAGAAAAGGAAAAGAAACAAGAACCAAAAGAGGUAUCCAUUUGGGGCAUUUCUCUUUUAAAAGAUGACAGAAGCGAUGACAUCCUUUUGAAGUUCUUGAGAGCAAGGGAUUUCAAAGCUAAAGAUGCGUAUGUGAUGAUCAAAAACACAAUCCAGUGGAGGAAAGAGUUUGGAAUCGAUGAGCUUUUGGAUGAAGAUCUUGGUGAUGACAUGGACAAAGUUGUGUUCAUGCAUGGAAAAGACAAGGAAGGGCACCCUGUUUGUUACAAUGUUUAUGGGGAGUUUCAGAAUAAAGAAUUGUACCAGAAAGCAUUUUCCGAUGAGGAAAAGCGAAAGAAGUUCCUGCGAUGGCGAAUUCAGCUUUUGGAGAAGAGUAUAAGAAAGCUUGAUUUUAGUCCUGGUGGUGUUUCCACCAUUUUCCAGGUUAGUGACCUCAAAAAUUCGCCUGGACCUGCAAAAAAGGAGCUUAGAUUGGCAACUAAGCAGGCUCUUCAGGUUCUCCAAGAUAAUUAUCCAGAGUUUGUUGCAAAACAGGUGUUCAUUAACGUUCCUUGGUGGUAUCUUGCAUUCUAUACAAUGAUUAGUCCAUUUAUGACACAAAGAACCAAGAGCAAGUUUGUCAUUGCACUGCCAGCAAAAUCUGCUGAAACCCUUUUCAAAUACAUACCACCUGAGCAAGUGCCUAUUCAAUAUGGUGGUUUGAGUGUGGAUUAUUGUGAUUGCAACCCGGAAUUCAGCGAUUCCGAUCCUGCCACUGAAAUGACUGUGAAACCGGGGACAAAACAAACUGUUGAAAUAUCAAUCUUUGAGAAAUGUGUUUUUGUUUGGGAAAUCAGGGUAGUCGGUUGGGAGGUGAGCUAUGGAGCUGAAUUUGUGCCUGAUUCCAAAGAUAGCUAUGCUGUCAUCAUCCAAAAACCGUCAAAGAUGACUUCAAAAGAUGAACCGGUUGUGUCUCAAAGCUUCAGAGUUAGUGAACUGGGUAAAGUAUUGCUCACAGUUGACAACCCGACUUCAAAAAAGAAGAAGCUUCUCUACAGGUUCAAGGUUAAACCCUUCUGUAACUGAGGGUACUAUCCGUAGUAUGAUUUGAUUUAUUCUUGUCUAAAUUUUGGACAAUUCACUUGUUCAGUUUUCUCUGUUUUGCAUCGACUGUGAAGGGCAUGGCUGACAAGCAAGUUGUUCAUGGUUUUGAAAUUUGUUUUUGGUCAUAAUGUAGGGUUUACCCUGGUGUGUGCACUGUAUAUUUUCCUUGUGUAUCAUGUCUAUAUUGUGGAACCUUUUAUACUCUUUAUAGAUUUGUAAGAACACGAGGGAUUGUUUUGGUUUAUGUUAUCUUUCCUAUUCCAUA